AUGGCCGGGCGGCCGGGGCCUUCGGACGCGGAGGGGGCAGGAGCCACGGAGCGGGCUGAGAAGGCCGAAGGGCAAGCCAAAUCCUCACAGAAAACGGAAGACUUGCUGGAAAUGGUGAAGAAGUUGCAGAAAGCGGGAAGCCUGGAGCCCAGGGUUGAAGUCCUGAUUAAUCGGAUUAAUGAGGUUCAGCAAGCAAAAAAGAAAGCUAGUGAAGAGCUGGGAGAGGCCCGGGCUGUUUGGGAAGCCCUGCAGAGGGAAAUGGACUCAUUGACUGGAGAGAAAGUACGCCUGAAAGAGAUCUUGAACAAAAAGCAAGAGACUCUAAGGAUCCUCAGGCUCCACUGCCAGGAGAAGGAAAGUGAGGCACAGAGGAAGCAGAGCAUGCUGCAGGAGUGCAAGGAGCGAAUUUCUGCCCUGAAUUCCCAGAUUGAGGAAGAGAAGAACAAACAGAGGCAACUGAGGUUGGAUUUUGAGGAGCAGCUGGAGGAUCUGAUGGGCCAGCACAAGGACCUCUGGAAGCUCCACAGGCCAGAGCAGAUGGCCCAGGAGAUAGGCACCCUGGACAGCAGCAAGGAGCAACUGCUCAAAGAAGAGAAGCUUGUGGAGGCGAAGCUGGAGGACGUGAAGCAUCGCCUGUGCUCCCAGUUUGGGGCUGAUGGCUGCUCGGCCAUUGCUGAAGGGCUCUUUCUCCGCAGCCAGGAAGCAGCAGCUGCGGUGCAUCUGUUUGAGGAGGAGAACAGGAAGGCCCAGGAGCUCCUGGAGGCCUCGGCACGGCACCACGAGCAGCUGCAGCAGAAGUGCCGGCAGCUGCAGCAGAGGAGGCAGAGGCUUAAGGAGGAGCUGGAAAAGCUUGGGAUGCAGAUCCCUGCUCGAGGCCAAAGCAAACAAGAGGAAGGGGCUGGCCCAGGAGAACCUGUGACUCCUAGGAGCCAUUGA